AUGCUUCAAAGCCUUACUAAGAAUGUCUGGGUCCCCAUAAAACCCUACUAUACCCUGGUUUACCAGGAAAUUUGGGUAGGGAUGGGGUUAAUGACCUUCAUCAUUUAUAAAAUCAGGAGUACUAAUAAAAGAAGUAAAGCUUUGAAACGCUCCAGUCCUGAACCUGCCCACAGCCAUCAUUAA